AUGACAGCCGCAGCCAAACAGACAGAUGGAGCUACAAAAACAUCCCCCAAAAAUGCCGCAAAAACAUCAGCUGCUUCCAAGAAACGCAAGGCCGAAGAUGAGGCCGAGGAGAAGCCUCAAACCAACGGUGUCAAGAGAGUGAGAGCAGAUUUGCUCGCAUCGCCUGCAGAACCUCCGAAGCGAAAGACGGCUGCACCAAAGACCACAACAGCAAAGAAGACCAAAGCCAAAGCAGAAAUCAAUCAUGCUCCCACCGAGAAGCUCAACGUUUACGUGUUUGGAGAAGGAUCGUCAGGCGAACUCGGUCUUGGAAGCGCCAAAGGCCAGGUCGAAGUCAAGAGACCUCGUUAUAACCCCAACCUGGAUCCGGAUACUGUUGGCGUGGUAGCUGUCUCCGUGGGUGGAAUGCACACUGCAGCUCUUACCCACGACAGCAAGAUUUAUACAUGGGGCGUCAACGACCAGGGAGCACUGGGACGAGAUACUACAUGGGACGGUGGCCUUCGAGACAUGGACGCCAAUGAAGAUGCGGAUGACAGUGACUCAGACAGUGGCUCGGAAACUGCAAUCAACCCGAAAGAGUCCACCCCUGGUGAGGUGGAUCUAUCAGACUUUCCAGAAGGUAUUGUAUUCACUCAGCUCGCUUGUACUGACAGUGCCACAUUUGCACUUACCAGCGAGGGUGAUGUAUAUGGCUGGGGCACGUUCCGGUCGAACGAAGGCAUCUUUGGCUUUGACCCAACCACACUGGUUCAGCUUCGACCAAAGCAGAUCAAGGGACUCUCGAAGAUUACCCAACUUGCGGCCGGCGCCAAUCACGUCCUUGCUCUGCAGAGUAACGGUACGGUGUACGGCUGGGGCUCGGGACAGCAAAACCAAUUGGGUCGAAGGAUCUUAGAGAGAAGAGCGGCGAACAGUUUGGUUCCGACACACAUCGGGCUUCCCAAGGGGAUCAUUGGGCUUGGUGCUGGAGCAUACAAUUCGUUUGCAAUCCGGGAGAAUGGCGAUGUCUACUCUUGGGGAUUGAACAAUUUCGGCCAGACUGGCAUUCCCAAGGAGUUUGACGAGAGUGGCGCGAGCAAAGGGUCGGAUGUCCACCAUCCCAUCGUGAUUGAGAGCCUACAUGGGAAAGGCAAAGUCACAUGCAUCCAGAGUGGUGCUCAUCACACUGUUGCAGUCACUGACAAGGGCGAGCUUCUUGUGUGGGGACGACUUGAUGGUAAUCAGUUGGGCAUCAAGGUGUCAGACCUUCCUCAAGAUGAAGUCGUUCGCGACUCAGCUGGACAUCCUCGCAUCUUGACCGUUCCAACUCAGAUUCCUGACAUCCACGCCGUUUACGCUGCGGCCGGUUCAGACCACUGCAUUGCCAUUGACAAAAAUGGUAAAGCAUACUCCUGGGGAUUCAGCACAACCUUCCAAACUGGCCUGGGAACCGACGACGACGUGGAGGUUGCUACAUUGAUCGACAACACCGCCGUGCGAGACAAGAAAUUGGUUUGGGCUGGAGCGGGGGGUCAAUUCAGCGUCAUUGCUGGCUUGCCUGCUCCAGUGACGAAUGGUGUUAAUGGACACGCUUGA